UGUUUGUAUGGUUUGUGUUGCCGAAUCGCCAGACUAUUGGUGUCUAGUUAAAUUCUGCUGGCGGGUACCUUUUAAAAGAAAAAGCCCGAGGUUUUUUAUAGCUUUUCAGCGAUUGAGAGGUUUUUGUUCCCCUUGAGUUUCUGUUCCUCGAUCUCCGGAUUUCGGUGGGCACCGCGGCCGCCCUCUAAUGCUCUCGACCCUGUGGGAGGGUGGAAAUCGACCCCGGUGGAUUGGUGCUGAAGCAGGCCGCGGAGUGGGCAGGCGGGUGAUCGACGACCCGGGGUUCAUUUGACUCUGCCGUUUGGAUCUGUGGGCCAUACUCUCGGAGGGAACGCAGGAAGAUGGGGAUGUUUCUGACCAAGCUGAUGGGACUCUUCUGUAACCAAGAGCACAAAGUUAUCAUCGUUGGGCUGGAUAAUGCAGGGAAAACGACCAUCCUUUAUCAGUUCCUGAUGAAUGAGGUGGUUCAUACGUCACCCACAAUCGGUAGCAAUGUGGAAGAAAUAGUUGUAAAGAACACUCAUUUUUUAAUGUGGGACAUUGGUGGACAGGACAUGCUGCGUUCAACAUGGAGUACGUACUACACAAACACAGAGUUCGUUAUUCUAGUUGUCGACAGCACAGAUAGAGAGCGGCUCAUGCUGACAAAAGAAGAACUCUACAAAAUGCUGGCACAUGAGGAUCUCCGAAAGGCCGCUGUGCUAGUAUUCGCCAAUAAGCAAGACAUGAAGAACUCCAUGACAGCAGCUGAAAUUUCCAAGUUUCUAACACUAACUUCUAUCAAAGAUCACCCAUGGCACAUACAGGCCUGUUGUGCACUCACAGGCGAAGGGUUGGGUCAAGGGCUGGAGUGGAUGACAAUGAAAACAGCAGCAAAGUAGAUACUUGCCAACAGAAAAGGCCUUUGGAAGGAAUUCACUCUUAUGUCGCCAAGUGUAUUGGCUCUGUGCCUUGUUCUUAGAAGACAGUUCUUGAAAUACUGGAAGGUUACCCCAACCUGGGGCACUUGAAUUCUGAAUCCCAGAGAGUUCUUCUAUUCAAAGCUGUUGGCACAAAAACAGAAGGACAACCAUCCUGGUGGGCGAAAGCUGAUGGAAAGAGUAAUGGCACGUUGGCCCUGACCAAAUGUGCUGGAUUUUAACCUUUUGCAGUCCGAGUUGCGGAACAAAUUAAUUCACUGAAUUCUCCAGGAAGCUAAAUGCUAACCAUGGAUCCAUAUGGGCUGAGACAGAAGAGUGAAACAAUAAGGCUGCUUGCAGUCUGCACCUCCAGAGUCUCCAGGGUAACCUUGAGUACUCAAGCAGCACUGAGUUGGGUUGGUAACUGUGCCUGAGGCUUCAGGGCUUGUGUGUGGCCUGAACCUUGGGAUAUGCUUUUUACUCCCAACUUGACUACCAAGAAUAUUUAAUUAUUUUGAACCUCAGGAAUGGAAAUACUUCUUUUUAAUUUGCUGUAGUUUUAUUCUAUCGAAUGGCAUAUCAUUAGAUCACUGAUCAGUAUUAGUCUGCUUUAGGGCUUGAAUAACUGGAGCUUUGAAGCUUCUGAAAAGCUUUGAUACUUUUAUAUAUUUUUGCUCUUGAGUUCAAAGCUAACAUCAGUCAGUUCUACGAAACUAUCCCAGUGUUCAGCACACUAUGUUAGCUCAAUUUUUCCAGUGUAAAAGGUACCUCAAAGUUAGAAGGAUGGGAGAGGUUUCAGUUGCUGCAUUCUAGUCACUCAUCAAUGGAAAUACUUGGAGCAGACUAUCAGGUAUGCACCUCUUGAAUAUAGUGGCUGGUGUGGGACAGCAGGUUUUCAAUUGCUCCAUUUAUAGAGCACAUUUCAUCAAGAUCUGUUUCUCCCAUUGGUUGAAUGAAGCACCCCAGCAGAACUGCUUACUGUUACUCACAAUUAAUUCCUACCCUAAUACUAUCUGUUUAAACAGGUUUGAUAGUUGAGGUUUUGUGCCAGGGUUUCUGUGUAGUGCUGAUUUAACCUUCAGCCCAGGCAAGCAAGCAACGUUGAUAUUAGCUUGGAAUUAAGUAAUCAAGCAAUGGGAGGCAUUAGUCAGAGAGACUUGGAAAAACAAAUUUACUGGAUCAACUACAAUCUGAAUUUGUUCCCUAUUUAAAUUGGAAUCCACUUGAGAAAAGAUAACCUCACAGCAUAUCAUACUGUGGUUAUUCUAUUAAUAGUUCCCAAAUUCCAACUUUGAAGGAUAGAAAUGAAAGGAAACCACAUCAGUAUAACUAUGCUACCAAAUACAUAGCUCUUUCAUAUGGAGAAAUUGGUGGUUAACCCCUGGUAUCUACCUUGCAUGACUACAAGCCUCUCUGUCUAAUGUGCUAAUCUUCUGGGAAUACUUAUGGACUUCCUUCAUAUCUCAAGCACCAAAAAUAAGAGUUCAAGCUGCAGUCCUCUUGGCUUUGAGUUUAGUGCCUUGUGAGAAAACUGUAAAAUGUGAUUAUUUUUCAAACAAUACAGGCAGAGGUGGGUGGAUGGAUCUGGUUUGUCUUGUAAAGCUGAUAUCAGUGUUUCAUUUCCGUACAGCGGACAUCCUAAUUUGCUAACACUACAAUUGGAUUUAAAUAUUUCUGUUUGCCCUCCAGUUCUGUAACAGUUGAUAUUCGGAAAGCUCCAGCAAAUCUAUGAAGUGAUCCUGUACCUCAGUGGCAGAAUGAAUGAAUUGGCGCCUCUGUCCAAAAUUGGAUUGCUCAAAAUAGCUCCUAAUUUCGGUUUUGCAUCACUACCAGACUGACUGUCAGACCUUAGUAGAUGAACUCUUAGAUGUGUUCCCACAGCUGAUGUUUCCAUCUAUUUUCUUUUAUAUGACUUUAUGUGCCUCUGUUUUACGGGUGCACAGAGAGAAUAUCUCUGCAAACUUCAGGCAUUCAGCUGUUUCCUUCUAUGAACCCAGUAUCUGUGCAGCAUCUAACUUGACAACAGUCUGGUCCAUUCAAAGGUGAAAAUUCAGCAUGAUUUAACCUUUCUACCCUUUUUAACCCUUGCAUGAGAAAUUUUCACUUUGUUAAAAUCCAUUUUCUCCUCCUCCCUAGCCUCCCACAGGCUCAUGCACUCAUAAUGGAACGGGUGACACAGCUUGCAGGAUAAUGGGUGAAUAGUGGCAUGCUUGAAGCUUGCAAACUAAUCCAUAAAGCUCGUACAAUGCAAUUAUAUUUCUUAACCCUUGGUUGAAUUUUGAGUGGGGUUUCAAAAGUAUUGUGCUUGUAUCAUUAGCUCACUCAGGAUAAUGUUAAAUUCUCGCACUUAGUUUUGUUACCUUUGCAGUCUGAAGUGGGUUUAACUUUAUUUCAAUGUGGCACCCUGCAGAACUCCCAAGUUUGAAAUCAGGUCAAAGAGUUUAGACAAACUUCCAGUAGGGGGAGUUACUCUGGUUCUUUAAAUGUUGUUGAUUUAUAAAUAGUGGGUCACUUACAAUGUCUAUACUUGCAUGGAUGCUGAAAUAGGAACUACAAGUGCAGAUUUCGGAGCAAAACUCUAAAUCGACCAGUUGCAUCCCUUAGCAUGAAGGAGUGUACAAGGCUGUGUCUGGAAUGAAAUCCCAUUAUUGUACAGCAUCUGUUGCAAGUGUUGAGCAUCAUGUGAAUGUCAUUGAAACCACUUCAGCCACAUCUAACGGAGGUAAAUUUACUAAAUAACCCCACUCAUUUUGUAAAAAAUAUUGAAUCAAAAUAUCGGGAUAACUGUCUGAUUCUACCUCAUCACAAUUUACAUCUGCCUGAAUAUUUUAGUUUUAAUAUUGCUGUUGCCUUUUAAACACAAAUUGCCAACUUGAUCAAUGAGUUAAGGGUUUCAUAGAGAUAGAGGUUCCUUUCAGAUUUUAAAGGGGUAUGGCACCACUGAGUGAACAUAGUCUCAAAGAGCAGGAACCUUCCUUUCCUGCCUCAGACUCCAGGCUCUCCUUCACAUCCUUCAGUAUUGUCACGGUUCCACCUAUUUAGUAACUGCAGCUGGAAUUUAUUGACAAUGAAGAUGGGAUUGGUGUAAAUUUAGUGAUCUGCUAAAAUGACCUGUCAUCACAGCUUGAACACUUGAAAUGGUGCCUGAGAAUUGGUCCUUGUUGGAAGGGAACAGAGACGAGACAGGGCAUGGCAUACAUUCUGGUCGGUGAGUUCUUGCCAAGAAUGGGCAGUGGGAUUGAGCAAGUCAUCUUUCAAAUGUUCAGUCAGAAACUGCUGCAUACAUAAAUAGAUUCAUUGUGGAAGCAUUUGGUACUCAGGAAUUUGCAUAAAUCCCUGCCUUACAUUGAUAGGUUUUGUUAUAUGCUCCCAGCUGUUGUUAUUCCUUGCAUCACAAUUUGAGAGGCUAUUCACUCAGCACCUACAUCUUAAGUCUUGUGGCUUCAUGGGUUUUUUGAUAGUUCCUCAAUAAAUGUUUAGCCGAAUAUGGUGGUUCCGAGGGUAAGUGUUGUGAAUAGGUUCAUUGGAGAUGGUUGAUGAUGAGGUCUUAAGGAGAUUAUAUCAAAAGAUUUUUGGUUCACUGUCUCCCUUCUUUCAUUCCUAAAAAUAGAAAGGUUUCUAAACACUUUGACCCUCUGAGGUACAAUGAUUUCAAUGCAAAGAUCUGUCACUGUGCAAAUUGUGUAUUUUUAAAAUCGUCCUUUUAAGUGUGCAGAUGUCAUUGGUUCUUGUGUAUGCAAUGGUUUACUGUUCUCACCUAAUAUGAAAAACAGUUCAUCUGGUGGUUUUCUGAGGCUUUGCUGUUUAGCUUAAAGUAGUGUCUAUGGCCACGAGGUUUUGCCUCGGUUUGUGGCAAGAUGAGAUCUGCACGAUUUAUUUUCUGAGGUUCGAGGGAAGGAUGCCAAGCGUUGAACUUUCAGGUAGUAGGCAACUUGUUAUAGGAGAUGCCUCUUGUCCUUAGUCAAGUUCUGAAGAACAGGCCAUUAAACUCAAAAGCUCUGACAUCUAGACAUGUAAGACCAGUAAAUAUCCAGGAUGGCUGAAUGCAUGAAGAUAACCAAAGGACUCCUGCUUUGGUCCAGGUCCUUCAUUCUGGGCUGGAGCUUUUACAAGUUACUGCCCGCUAACACUCUUCCUUGGGGCAGGAGAGAGAGUUUGCGACACAGGCUGGAGUAAACAUGCCAAUGUCAUCAACUUGUAUUCAUGAUAAAUUGUUCCUGAUCACAUUGCAUGAAAAUUAUUGACUGCGUCAGUUAGUGACUGUGGAGAAUAGUUAUAAUUUCAAUUUGGUCUUGCAUCUGCUUAAGCAUUUCCUUUGUGAUUGAGAAUGGCAAACCUUCAGAUAUAUUGUGAAUGGUCGUAGAGCAUUGUUAGAAAAAUCUCUUUCCAAGCUUUUCAAACAUUUAAGUGCCACAUUGCUGGAGGUGCUUUUAGCCAAUUAAUGACUUAAACUAGCAGAAUGCACUCUUUAAAAUUACUACCUUUACAGUGGCUGUGAUGGUUUGGGGAGUGGAUUGACACCCUUGCAAAAAAGGAAAAGCGUGGUCUUAUUGAUAUUUAACCUGCCUUAGCAAAUUUAGGAUGGUAUUUUUUUGAAGUAAAUUUUUAAUGAAAUGCUGUUGGAACCCAGUAAUUACCUGGUGCUGAAGUGUAAACCAAUGUGUCACUCAGUCAUGUGAUUUAUUGAGAUGCCAACAGAAUGGUACAAUACUUUCAGGGAACUUUUAUCAGCUUGUAUUAUGCACAUCUCCCUGAACCAAAUCACUGUCAAUUAGUUGUCUCUGUGGGACAGUGGUUCAAACAAUGCUCCUUUAGAUUUUUAAGCAUAGAUGAAGUUUUAAGACUUCAGGCAUCUUUUUGUAGUUCAAAUUGACCGAACAGAUUUGGAAAACACUCUACCUCCACCAAAUGUGAACUUAAUCUCAAUGGAGACUGUGUUGUCUGGAUAUUCAUUAUGUGUUUUCCUUCCUGGUUCCUGACAGACCAUUUUUGUAAACAUGAUUACUGUCUUGAUUUUUGAGACCUCGGAUCAUGUAGCUUUAUUUGGUGAUACUGGCAACAGACACUCAGUUGUCAGAAUCAUCAGUUUUCUUUGGUUUUUAAUCUAUUUAAGUAUUAAUAUUUAACAGGGAACUCACCUCAAAAGUGAGAAUGAGCCAGUAUUGAAAAGGUCAUAUUACUGACAAUGUUGCACUCUGCUCAAACUGUAAAUGAAUAUGAAACAUUUCAUUCCAAGGACAUGUGAUACAGCAUGCGUUUUAAAUAAACUUUUUGAGAUUUUUAUAAUCAUUA